UGGUGAGAAAGAGUGAUUCGAUUAGACAACCCAUGAAAUUGAAUUCUCCUCCAUUUCACUUCAACACCCAUCUCCUCUCACUUUCCUCUCUUCAAUUCACAAAUGGGAACACCGACCACCGGCGGUGGUGACGUGGAAGCCGGUUUCGCCAAACUCCAAGGCGAAGACUUCGAAUACUACAUGCAAACCUAUUCCAUAAUCCUCGGCCGCAACUCCAAAAAAUCAACCGUCGAUGUCGACCUCUCAAGUCUCGGCGGCGGAAUGAACAUCUCGCGCCACCACGCUCGUAUCUUCUACGACUUCGCUCGACGUCGUUUCGCCCUCGAAGUUCUCGGCAAAAACGGUUGUUUAGUCGAAGGUGUUCUUCAUCUCCCUGGUAACCCUCCUGUUAAGCUCGAUUCUCAAGACCUUCUUCAGAUCGGUGAUAAGGAGUUUUAUUUUCUUCUUCCUGUUCGUAGUAUCCUUGGUGGACCCCACGGUUCUCGGCAUUACGCUAAUAGCCAUGCUGCUGCUGCUGCUGUUCCUCCUGCCACGGCUGUUGUGCCGCAUUAUAGUUAUGGACAUCUGCCUGUGGGGACGGCGGGCGGUGCGAUGGUGAAGAAGGGUAGGAGGGAGUAUUACGAGGAUGAGUAUGAGGUGGAUGAUGAUGUUGUUGAUGUUGGCGGUAGUAGUGGGAAGAAGAUUAAUAAUAGGAGGGAAGGGUUUGAUGGUUAUGGAUAUGGUGGUGGUGGAGUUGGUUCCGGAGGAAAGGCUUCUCUGCCUGGACCAAUUGACAAGAAGGCAGAAGGAAGAUCCAGAGUAGAUCGUGACGCUGAUAAUCUUCAGCUUCAGCAAUUGGAAGAGAAGGAUGUAGUAUCAUCUGUAGCUAAUGUCCUCUCUGACCUUUGUGGUCCUGGAGAGUGGAUGCCUAUGGAGAAACUUCAUGCUGUGUUGGUGGAUAAAUAUAGCAGUGUUUGGCACCACGGUAGAGUAAGGAGAUAUCUCACAUCAGAGGAAUGGUCUGGUCCUGAAUCCAAAGGUAAGCCAUGGUAUGGUUUACUUAUGCUACUAAGGAAAUACCCUGAGCAUUUUGUCAUCAACACAAGGUCCAAGGGCCGUGUCACCCUGGAGUUCGUUUCUCUUGUUUCUCUUCUCUCGUGACCUCACCGCUAUCUUCCAAAAGUAAUAACUUCUGUAGUAUAUGAAUUUUACAGAAUUGUGAUAUCGGGUGAAACAAUGAAUCUGUAUAAAAUUGCACCUUGCUUACUUUUUUCUUUAGGCAAACACUUGGUUGCCUUCUGCAAAUGUUUGGAGAAAAUACAUCCAUUUUCAGCAAUUGGUAAGUUUUCCAAUAGCAAAAGAAAUAUUGUUUUGAUUUUCAUAGGCUCAAACAUGAUUGAAUCACUUGCUUUAA